CAUCAACUUCAUCAGCAGCAGCAAGAGCAAGCGCAACAUCCCCACCAGAAUGACCGAUGCCAGCAACAGACGGAGCAGAGGCGGGUACAACAGCUGCACCAUAAACGACAACAUCAGCAUCAGCAUCAACACGAAUACCCAAACCGGCAGUGUUGUGUGAACAGUCGGAGUUCACGGAGCACUCGGGCCAAGAGGGAAAGAGCUGCUCGAAGAGGCUGGCUCGGCCAGGACCAGCGGGAACUGCAGCUCGCCUCUCGCACUCCGGCUGAUAUCAGCCAAGACGCCACCGAUACUGCCCACCUGGAGACCGCGAGCCCAGGCGCCGGUGCCAUGAAGACACCGGAGGGCCGGGCAAGUGUGCCGGCGAGUGGCCGCAAGGGCCGAAAGACGGAGCGCGAGGAGGACGGCAGAAAGCGUCGAAAGCCGUCCCAUGCAGACUUGCGGAAGAAGAGGUAUAGGAUUGAAGAAGAAGACGAUGAUGAAGAUGAAGAAGAAGAAGAAGAAGAAGAAGAAGAAGAUGAAGAUGAAGAGGAGGAGGAGGAAGAUGAGGAUGGAAGAGAAGAUGAAGACGAAGACGGGGAGGAAGAGGACUAUGAAGGUUACGAGGAGGAAGAGGAGGAGGAAAAGGAGGAGAGGGGGGAGAAGGAGGAGGAGGAGGAGAGGAAGGAGGGUAAGGCUGAAGAGGAGGAGGAUGAGAAGGCGAGGGAGAAGGGGCAACGAAGGGGCGAAGGGGACAAGCUCGACUGCUCAGAGCCGCUCGGGUCCUCCGGAAGGGAAGCUAACGAGCCUUGUCAAUGCUACGAUAGCGGUACAGCCACAUGCAUGGCUGACUCGAAGACGGACGGUUGCCAUGGUGACGUCAGGCUGGGCAAUGGCUGUCUCGGAUUUAGGCGGGCAUCACAGCCGCAGCAGAGAAAACGUCGUCGUCGCCAUGGCGAGACCAUCAGGGAAGAGGCAGAGUCGGGCCUCCGGGACUCGGACGACGGCUCGAGACGAAGGAGCAAGCGACCCGCGUCUAUCGGGCUCAAUGUUGCCGGCCAUGGCGGAGACAGCGUUAAAAUGGGCGUCACGACGAGACGGUCACAAGCCGACGGCGGCUCUGACGCCGGGCUCGAGGUGAGGUCGAACGUCGAGAACAGGUUCUUUUCGCACGCCUCCCUCGUCAGUAGCUGUGGCUCGUCUUGCUCCCCUCCGGAGCUCGCCUCUCGUGGCUCGGGUGAGUCGGUCGCUGUGGGAUAA